AUGUUCACUGGUAUUGUCGAAGAUAUUGGCGUCAUUACACGCCUGGCCAAGGAUGCUGCCACUGGCAGCGCCGAGAUGACCAUUACCAUUGCGCCUGGUUCAUCUCUUCUCCAAGGCUGCCGCGAUGGCGACUCUAUCGCCGUCAACGGUGUCUGUUUAACUGUGACGUCGUUCAAGGAUGACCACUUUGAUGUCGGAGUUGCCCCCGAGACCCUACGUAUCACCAACCUUGGUGGCCUGUCCGAGAAUAGCCGAGUGAAUCUGGAGCCUGCCGUCCGCGCUGAUACCCGAAUGGGUGGCCACUUUGUGCAGGGCCAUGUCGACACCAUUGCCGAGGUUCUACUCGCUGAAAAAGACGGCAACGCCAUUACCUUUCGCUUCCAGCCCAAGAACCGCGAUAUGCUGCGCUAUAUUGUCUACAAGGGCUUCAUCGCCAUUGACGGAACCAGCCUUACCGUGACUCAAGUCAACGACAAGGAGGGGUGGUUCCAGAUUAUGCUCAUUUCUUACUCACAAGAAAAGGUCAUCUUGAGCAAGAAGGUUGCUGGUGACAGUGUCAACAUUGAGGUCGACAUGAUGGCCAAAUACGCUGAAAAGUCGCUGGCCGGCAUCCUCGGCUCCGGCGACGGUGAAUCUAUCCCGCUACUGGAGAAGAUUGUUGAGAAGAUUCUCGCCAGCAAAUUGAAGCAAUAG